AUGAGAGCAGCAGCCUCAGUCAUGGAACCCUAUGCGCUACGCACCCAAAAUUAUGAAGUAGUUAUCGCAGCACUAAAAAAGCGAUACGAAUGGCCAGCAGCAAUCAACCAAGCCUUAUAUAGACAACUGGAAAGAUUACCUAGGGCGAAAGAAGGUAAUCUACGAACUACUAUAGAAGCUAUUGAUCGGAUAAUAGAAUUACUUCGAUUCCAAGAGGAAGAUGUUAAUUCAACCCUUACAAUCUAUCUCAUAAAACAAAAGCUUCCAAUGUCCAUAUUGGAUAAAAUAGAAUACGAGAAAUCAGAAUGGACAGUACCCAUCUUAAGAGACCGCUUAGCAACCUUUGUUAUUGCUGAAGAAAAUGUGGCAAAUAUAUUAGGCUAUGCCUCAAAAGAACCAUACAGUCCGUAUUGGGACAAAAUUGAUAUCUCAAAAGGAUACGCAGUAUCUCCACUACCUAUUCAACGAAAAGAACCGUCAACAGAUUCGCAUAAUCGAGAUUACCUGUUGAACUAUUGGAAGGGAGGUGCAACAAUAGCAGAUAGAUUCUGGUGUCAAAACAAACAGUACCAAGUCGUGGACCCGAAUAUCGAACUAGAAGAUGACGAAGAUGAAGAAUUAUCCAUCCGUUCUCGAUUCGAAAACAAUGCCAAAGAGCUAAGAGCAGACUGA